GAGUGUGUUUACUGAUGGUUGCAAGUUUCUAUGACGAUCGCGGCGGGCACUCUGUACUUAAAUGUUGGAGUCCUCCCCAAGGUGGCAACGCAACGGCUUUGGCGUCGCCACUUAAACUUGUUAGUGUCCUCGCGUGCUGUAAUAGGCAGUCGUUUCAGCCGCUACAGGAAGAGUCGCAGUCGCUUAUUAGCGGCCACUGCUGCCUGGGAUGCGCUACGCCAAAAUUGGCAAUUGGAAGUGAUGCCGAUCAAGUUUAUUUUGCUCGACUUGCGUCACCACCCCUCUUUGGCUUCCAUCACAAGCUAAGAUAAACGUGCCCCGCGAUCUUGGACGAUGACGUGUGUAAGCGACAGCUCCCAUGUGCCGAGAUUUGACUCAUGGCCCCCAAUAAAGCCGCCGAGGCAAAGGCUCCGGCGCAGGCAUUCAUGAAAGAAUAUUGCGCAUGUUGGUAACAACAGCAGUAUUUCUCUUUUUGCAGCUCAUACAGCAGAUAUUAUGACACCAACAAAUAAUUCACCACUUGCAGCCGUCAAAGCCCUGACAUUCGAUGUCUUUGGCACGACCGUUGACUGGCGUGCCUCGGUUGUAAACGAGCUCCAGCGGAACAUCCAAGACAAACUUUCCGGUUCUAUAUCUGCCGAGCUACGCGAGCGCCUGAAACAGCUCAACGAGCAAGAUACUGGUGCGAGCGAACCAUGGACUACACACUUCGCCAAUACUUGGCGUGAUUCCUAUGUAGACUUUGGCCACCAACAGGCUCGCGCGGGCCAACUGGACAGCGCCAAUUUCAAGACGACGGACCAACAUUUCUAUGAUAGCCUCGUCGAGCUUCUAGGAGAGUGGGAUCUUGCUGGGCUGUUCUCUGCGUAUGAGCUCAAGUCUAUCAGCCUCGUGUGGCAUCGACUAGUGCCUUGGCCCGAUACAGUUGCUGGUCUGGCCAAGCUCGCUGCACCACCAUUGGGGCUUGUCACAGUGACUCUGACCAAUGGUAACACGGACUUGAUUCGCAAUUUAAACGAAUUUGGUCAAUUGGGCUUUCAGCAUCUCUUUUGCGCAGAGAUGCUGCAUGCCUAUAAACCUGCGCCAGAUACGUAUCUGGGUGCGGCGCAAAAGCUAGGCUUACAACCUGGAGAAGUGGCCAUGGUGGCAGCGCACAUGAGUGACUUGGCCGCUGCGAGGAAUGUAGGCUUGCGCACGGUGUAUGUAGAGAGAGAGGACGAGGAGUGGUGGGAUGCUGAUGACGAGAGGUUAGCGCAGGCAAGAGAAUGGGUGGAUGUCUGGAUUAGCAAGGACGAAGACGGGUUUCUGGAACUUGCUAAGCAACUCACGAAGCUUCAAGGCCAGUAAAGGGUUUUCAGCUCCAUCUUGGCAAACUGCUACUUUAGAUUAUGUAGCAAGGUUUCCAAAGCUGGAAUAACACCGCCCGACGGUUCCUGGCGGAAAUUGAGCGUAACCACGGCCCAUUAAUAUUAGUGCUAGCCUUCAUUUAUACAGAAUGAUUCAUUCUCCAUGUAGAUCACUCACACCAACUCACUCUCAAUCCAAACUGCUCGCCACGACUCAUUUCACUCCAGAGUCUUACAGAAUCUAGGAGUAGUAACUAACAAGACAAAAAGGUAUAAAAGUAGCAGAUCCAAUUCCUAGACGUAAACAUGCUCUUCUCAAGUUAAACAAGUCUGUUGUACUUCACUACAACCCUACCAUGCAUCCCAACAGCCUCACACACUGCUCCUCGGCCUUGUCGGCUUUGCGAUGGCCAUCGG